AUGUCUGGGCCAAAGACGACCCCUGACACCAAGACAGUCCGGCGAAACCUCGAGGCCUUUCAGGUUCCAGGCGCUCUACUUGAAGUCCACCUUCCUCGGACGGUUAAAGAGGCAAUGGUUGCAUGCGCUCAACUAGAACAGAGGUACCUUUGGGUCGAUAGACUCUGCAUCCUGCAAGCCGACAAGACAAAUCAAAUCUGUACCAUGGACAAAAUCUGCUUGUCAGCUCAACACGUCAUUAUAGCUUACGGCAGCGAGAACAUGCACCCUGGCCUGUCCGGUGUCAGCCGUCCACGACCACAGACUCAAAUGAGUGUUAGUUUCGCAGGACUGGCUGUAACGUCAGAGGGAUUUGACGACUUCUGUGACUCUGAAUUCAAGGGAUGCAUACGGCAAGAAAGAGGGUGGACGUAA